CCAACGAAGCUCAUUCAUAGCGCGACCGCUCCAAGCGGUACGAUGGAACAAGGAUUCAGCACACAAUCUCUUUCGGUGGAUUUCGGUGAUACUUCGGGCACAUUCGGCACGUCCGAUCUUGAUCUCUCUGCUUCGGAUAUGACACCUCGGGCACAUAAGAAAGCAGACACUACCAAGCCGAGGGGAGCAAAAAUGAAAAGGGACAAGCAGACACAAUUGGCAAUAAAGUGGGCGAAUCUGAGCGCAGACAAACAAGUUGCAGUCGCAGGGAGUAUGGUUGUUCUGACCACGGUCAUCUGCUGGGCUCCAUACGCGCUCGUCCAUGCUUGCUUCCUUGACUUCACCCCUUCCCAUAUGUUAGGGGUGGCCACCAUGUGGCUGGGCUACACCAACGCGAUGCUUGAUCCUCUCAUAUAUGCAUUCUUCAAUAGGCAGAUUCGAUCUAAGAUUGUCGGUCAUUUCAACGGUUGUUUCUCGUGUUUGAACUGAACCAAAUUGUACAUUUUUUCUUCUUCGAAAGAUGGUGUGAAGAGUUUUCGUUUGUAAAUAUAGGUAUGUUUUGUGAAGAUUCAUUUAAUAUCACUAUGUUAUUGUAUAAAUUGUAUCUAUUAUUUUGUUGUGAAAUGAAGAAAGAAAACUCAGUUGUGUCAUGUUAACCAGAGGCGGCGCUCCCGGGGGGGGGGGGCAGGGGAGCUCAGUGCCCCCACACUCUUUCAAGUACUCCAAAGUGCCCC